AUGAUGCAGGCGAAGCGUGCGCUUGAGAGCGAGAGGUCCAAAAGGCGCCUUGUGCAGGAAUCGGCGGUGCCGGUCGCCAAGGCGGCGAAGGCCGUGUUUCUCAGCAGCCUCGAUCUGCACGCCGUUCGGGCAUGUUCGGGCACUCGUCGUGUGUCCGCGCGGAAGUGUGAGUUCAUGCGCACGCACACGUGCAUGGACAGGGGUGCGGUAAGCUGUGGAAGAGCACGCACGCACACGUUCUGCCACCUGGAGAGCGGCAGGCAGGCGCAGCGUGUUCGCGCCAUUACACCAUCGGCGGCAAGCGGCGUGGACCGCACGUGA